AUGGUUAGAAAAUUGAAACAUCAUGAACAGAAACUACUGAAAAAGGUGGACUUCCUAGACUGGAAAUCAGAUCAAGGUCAUAGAGAUGCUCAAGUUAUGAGAACUUAUCAUAUUCAAAAUCGUGAAGAUUAUCAUAAAUAUAAUAAAAUUUGUGGUGAAAUACGUAAAUUAGCAAAUAAAUUAUCUCUUUUACCACCAACUGAUCCUGUUCGUUUAAAACAUGAAGAAUUAUUAUUAGAAAAAUUAUAUUCAAUGGGUAUAUUAUCAACAAAAUCAAAAGUUUCAGAUUUAGAAAAUAAAGUAACUGUUAGUGCAAUUUGUCGUCGUCGUAUUGGUGUUGUUAUGUGUCGUAUGAAAAUGGCUCAAACUAUAAGUGAUGCUGUGACAUUUGUGGAACAAGGUCAUGUUAGAGUUGGUCCAAAUGUUAUAACUGAUCCUGCUUAUUUAGUUACAAGAAAUAUGGAAGAUUAUUUGACUUGGGUUGAUUCAAGUAAGAUUAAACAAAAUGUUUUGAAAUAUAGAAAUAAAAUUGAUGAUUUUGAUUUGGCUUAG